CUUUGGCACAGAUACGUAUCACAUAUUAUGUGCAAUGUGCGCUUUUGCUUGUCAAUUGAUCUUUACCCGGCGUCAGUGAUUAAUUUGUUUCACGUUUGUUCAUAGUUUCCUUUCUUUUAUUCAGUAAAAAACUCUUCAAAAUGAAUGCUCCUCCAACAUUCGAAUCGUUUUUGCUGUACGACGGAGAAAAAAAAAUAGUCAAAGAAGUAGAUACUAAAGUGACAAAUGCAGCAAUUUUUACAGUUAAUAAAGAAGAUCAUACUUUGGGAAAUAUGAUCAGGAAUCAACUACUUAAAGAUCCCAAUGUACUUUUUGCUGGUUACAAACAACCACAUCCACUGGAACAUAAAUUUGAACUUCGUAUACAAACAACAUCUGAUUAUACGCCUCAAGAUGCUUUAACUAAUUCUAUAACUGAUCUUUUGGCCGAACUUUCUUUGUUUGAAGAACGUUUCAAGGAAGCUUUAAGGGAGAAAAAAGAAGGACUUGAUUAAUAUGAUUGUAUGAUUUAAUGAACUUAUAAUAAGUAGUAUUAUUACAUAAUUUUAAGGUGAUUUUGUAUAUUUGUUAUUGUAAUUCAUGCAUAUUAAUUAAUGUGAAUGCAGAUUAUAAGUGAAUUGUAUUAAAUUGCUUUGUAAAAUCGAAUACAUCACUUUUGGUUGUAUAAUGAAUUUAUUUUACCUUGUACUUUUGAAUAUUUGUUUUUAAAUUAUAAUUUUUAUAAAAAUGUAUAUUCAAUCGAAAAGAUAGAUUUCAUUCAAUCACUAAAUAAAAAACAUAUUAUUACAAUUAUUAUAAAUUUAAACAGUAUAAAAUGAAUUUGAAAGUUUUCAAUGGAUUUAUAAAUUAUUGUUUUAUUUUGGUAGAUUCAUUGACUAUAUUAUAAACAAUUUAUAUUGUAUUUAUAAUCAAUAGUAGAUUUAAAUUUUUUCUUUUUAAUAUUUUAUGUAAUAUAUAUUAUAUAUCUUAAAAUUAAUAAAUUAAUUAUUCAUACUUUGUUUAUUUAAUAUUAACUUGAUACCAUGUAUAUAGGUAUUUCACUUUAAGGCUUAUGAUAUUUGUUUUUAACAAUAAUUUAUUAAUUAAGUUAUUAAAGUAAAAUGUUAGGUUAGUGUAUUAAUAUCAUAAUUUAUGAUAAAUAUUUUUAGAUUAUAAUUUUUAAACUUGUAACUGUUCAAACACAAACAUUGUAUUGUAUAGGUUCAAAUUUCUUAGAUAUUUAUUUGAUUCAAUACUAAGGAAUACCAAAUUAAUUUGUAAAACACGAGGAAUGUUGGUGGUGUAAUAAUAUUAAUAUGCUUUUGUUAGUAUAUUUUUGAAGGUGUUUACUUAAGCCAACAAACAUAACUUAUAUAUAUAUAUAUAGAACAAAGAGUAUAAAUUAUACUAAUGCUAGAGUAAAAAUUAAUUUUCUUUAAUUUACAAUUUAUUGCAAAGUUUUAUAAAAUAAAUAAUAAAUACUUCUAUUUCA